AUGGCCGACGCCGAACCACAAGCAGUAGAAGUUAACAAGACCGCAGACGGCAUCACGACCAUUACCAUCAACCGGCCUCAUCGACGGAAUGCCAUCGACGGUGCGACGGGCAGGAAGCUGACAGACGCCUUCCUCGCGUUCGAGGACGACCCCAGCCAGAAGGUGUGUGUGUUCUACGGCGCGAAUGGCACCUUUUGCGCCGGGUUCGACCUUCAUGAAGUGGCCAAGUGGGGAGAGAGCGGCUACCAGGGCCCCAUCGUCGACGAAAAUCACCGCGUCGACGGGCGCAAUAUCGGGCCCAUAGGCCCCUCGCGGAUGCAAAUCAAGAAACCUGUCAUCAGCGCCGUCUCGGGCUAUGCCGUCGCGGGAGGUCUUGAGCUGUCUCUCCUGGGUGACAUCAGAGUCGCAGAGGAAGAUUCCGUCUUUGGGGUCUUCUGUCGAAGGUUCGGCGUGCCACUCAUUGAUGGCGGCACUGUCCGCCUCCAAGCAAUCGUGGGACUGGGAAGGGCCCUCGACAUGAUACUCACCGGGCGUGGUGUUCCAGCUCAGGAAGCCCUACAGAUGGGCCUCGCGAACCGUGUCGUACCCAAAGGCCAGGCUCUAGAGGAAGCGACCAAGAUCGCCAGACAGCUCUUGGCCUUCCCGCAGGCGUGUAUGAACGUAGACCGUGCGAGUUGCUAUUAUUCGGCCUACGAGGCGAAGUCGUUUGAGGAUGCACUCAGAAAUGAGUUUGACAAUGGCGUCGAGGUCGUCACCAAGGAGAGCGUUCAAGGUGCAGCAAAGUUCAGCGGCGGGGCGGGAAGGCAUGGAUCCUUCGAAGAGUCCAAAAUCUGA